UGUUUUGAGCUUGUGGUUCUUUUAUAAGAGCGUAAGAAAAUAGGUAACAGAAAGAAUCCUGUGAUUUCCUGUAGAGCCCCACAGUGACGUCAUAUUCUCCCCUCCUCACCAGAAGUGACUGUUUUAAGUCUGACAACGUAAUCAGAGAACCAGUCGGCAUCAGACAGGAGGGGCAGCAACAAUAGGUUGGUCAUGAAGGCGUUCCAUCCGGUGCUUUGGUCCAGUUUCCUGUUUGUGUGCAUGUCAAAAUGGGAGUCGGAGGCCAACCAUUCAGAUUUGUGCGAGGAGGGGCCUGAACAUGAGCUCAUUGUGUCGGGAUCCUCAUUCCAAACGUAUCAUGUUCACAAACAUGAGGUGCCCGAACAUUUUUCCUGCCAUACUUACCCAACAAACAAGCUCAACUGCUCCUGGAGGUUCCACACUUUGGCAGAGGGUGCAAAUCUUUCUGUGUCCAUCAGUAUAUGUAAAGAUGUCUCUUGGGGCAAAAUAUUCCAAGAAAAAGAAGGAGCAUGGUCGCACUCUUUUGCUCAAUUUAAACCUGAAGAUGUAGUUGUCGAGUUUAACAUGUCUCUGGCUGACAACUGGACAGCCUACACCUACAUGUUCAACGAGGAAGGGAUGGAGGUGCUGUCCCCACCAUCAAACAUCUCUAUAUCAGUGAAGGAUGGAAAUCUACUGGUGAUGUGGAAUCAGCCAUUCAGUCAUACCACUAAGAAUUCAAAUUGCUUUGACUACGAGCUUGAUCUGGGCGACAAGGAAAACAUCAUAAGCCUGACAAGACCUGACAAGCUGGCCUACACAGAGCUAAAUAAACCCACUCACACCUACAAGGUGAGGAUAAGGGCGAAGAAAUCAGAAAGCUGCUUUGAGGGUCCUGAGUGGAGCGAGUGGAGUGACACCAUCAUGUUGGAACCGACGGCUUACAAACUCAACAUGUUGGUUAUCAUCUCGAUCUCCCUUGGAAUACCCAUGAUCCUCCUGGCCGUGCUGCUCGUGGUUCGCCAUCAGAGGGUGUCCCAACUUUUGUUUCCGCCAAUCCCUCGUCCACCUCCUAAGUACAUCCACUUCCUGGAAAAAGGCCACUUACCAAACUUAUUCUAUCCUGCCCCGAGUUCAAUGACUGAGGAGGAGAUCACAGAAGUGGAGGACACGAAAGAAACUUAGUUCACCAUUAAAGGUUCAGUGGCUACGGGUUAAACGGCACCAGCAUGAAACUAUACAGCGUUCAGGAUCAGGCUUCAAAAUUCUUCUCAUACAAAAAUUAAAGCUUUAUUUAAAAAUAAUACAAUCAGUGCCAUAUUUAUCUUAGAAGCUACAGAAUCCAGCAAACUGAAGCAAAAUAAAACAAGCUAACAUUGUUUAUUAUUAUAUUAAUGUAUUUUAAAAUGUUCAAUCAACAGUGUGAUUGAGUGUGUGAAAGAAUGCCUGUUGAGCCAUGUAUUCAAACCUGAGCUCAUUUAAAAAUUCAUUUAAAUAAAUCACCCUAUUUAACCUGUG